ACCGGCACAACAAUGUCGCUGCCGAUUCUUCAAAUGCGUCUAUCAAUCCCUUCACYUGCAUCAUCCAACCUCUCUUUCUCAUCCAAUAUUGUAUCUGACCCGACCCGACUGUUCCUCACAUCCAGUUUCUCCCAUCUAUCGAUUGCUAAMUCCCCCAAAUCGACCACGAUUCGCAUGGGCGGCGGUCCAAGAACAUAUCCCGGCGGCGUCUCGAAGUGGCAGUGGAAGCGUAUGCAAGCAAAGAAAGCCAAACAACUCCUCAGAGCUCGGCUCGCUCGUGAACGCCAGAUUUACGAAAUGAGAAAACGGGCUGAGCUAAGCGCCGCCGUUUCGGAGCUCGAGCGGCCGUGGGAAAUCRUAGAGACAGCACCGAAACUGUUCUCGGCUAGCGCCGAUGAGCAAUUGAAGGUUUUGGCUGACCGGUUUCAGAAACCUGGUGGGUUUGAUUUAUGGUCCGAGAAAGAUGGCCCCCAAUUGUUUGAGACGGUAGACGGUGUUCCUUCCGCUAGGUUUUUCCCUAAAGGGGUGGUUCAUAGCAUAAAACCAUACGGAAGAAUCACCGAUGGGUAUUCGCAUGAAGAAUCAGAUUUGGUUCAGAGCGAUCUACUUAACGAGAAUUCAAGAGAAAUUAAGAACAACGAUUCAGGUAUUGGGUAUCGAUUUUGGGAUAAAGAUUCAAGUAACUCGGGUUUGGUUCAGAGAAAGGGGAAUGACAAGAAUUCAAGAAACGCAAAUGGAAGGAGAAUCAAGGGUCUUGGGUACCAGGUUUCCGAUCAAGAUUUGGACCCAGAAUCGGGUAUGAUUCAGAGACAUCGCCAUGAGGAGAAUCCAAGAAACGCAAAUGGGAAAUUCAUGAAAACUGAUGGUAGUCCGAAUUCAGGUGGAGCUGAAUUGAAUCAGAGGGGAAAUGGUAGAAAAGAACAGUCUUCUGCUUCAAAUUCAGGAGUGUUUGAUAUGAGUUUACAAGAUGACGGAAGCUACGGGAUUUCGAAGAAGGGAACGGAGAUGGCGAAAAGGAGACACAGAACAGAGAGGAAUUGAAAGAACCCUUGUACUGCUUUGGGGAUUCUAUUCAGCUAAACUGAACUGGACUUGAUUCUUGCUAUACUACUACCACAUCAUAUUCAUAUGUGCAUGAAACUUGUAUUGUAUCUAUGUAUGUAUGUAUCUAUCUAGCUAGCUAGCUUAAUCAUACAAUGGAAUGCUUCAUGAUUGUCUGCUUGCUUGUGGUAGCUGUACUGAAUCCAAAAGCCAUUCUUGAC